CAUGUCAUUGUAUAGAUUCGAUUUGUUGAAAUUCAGAACCCCUUUGCCCGUUUUUUCGACCAGAGUUUAGGUCUAUUCGCUUAGAACGCUGAGAAGUUAGCUCACGGAUCAAGGAUGGGCCACCGCAACAUUUGCUGCGACGGCUGUCAGAUGACGAAUCUGCGGUGUCGCCGCUUCCGGUGCUUGCGCUGCGUGAACUACAACCUGUGCGGCAUUUGCUACGAUCAGCGGAUAGAAACCGAAGAGCAUUGCGUCAAUCAUCCCAUGCAACUGAUCUCUGACCCGGACGAUCUGGGUCUGCUGCUUAACGGCGAGGUCCCAGAGCUGAUCCACCUGUCCGAUUGCUUCAGCUGUCCACACUGCGGCAUACUUGGCCUCUCGGCAAAGCGCCUAAUCGAGCAUGUGUACAUGCAACAUCGGGGCUCCGAUGAGUACGUGGUCUGCCCCAUGUGCACUGGCCUGCCGGCCGUCGAACUGGUGGCCAUUCGCAACCUGUCCAAACACCUCCUGCACGACCACAUCGAUCACGCCAACUUCCUAGAGCCCGACUCCCCGCCUCUACGCCGCAUUUUCUCCCGGAAUCACACACGCCAGCGCCGCCAGUCACAGCAGCCAGCAACUCCGCAUUCAAGGGCAGUAGAUAUGCUCUUACAGCUGCCGACUGCACCUGUGAGCACCGAUCAGCAGCUCCUUAGCAGCAUUGAUCCUCCAGAGGCUGCCAAUCCAGAGUCCCAGACGUUCAGCUUGACUGUCGUGGAACCUUCCGAAGAGCACGACGAGCGAUACCUUCUACUCCCGUGGAUGGCACAGCAGAAAGUGCGGUGCCAGGAUACGGAAGUGGACGAGUGUAGUAGGCGGCGGCACACCCUCUUCGCCGAGCACUUGCUCAUUUCCAUGCUGUGCUGCGAGGAGCUGCAGCUGCCGGAGAUCGGCAGACAGAGGCACGAACGGAAUUCAGAGGGCGAUCUGGAUCGGGAAAAGGAGCACAGUCUGUCCAAGGUCAUGUCGGUGAUGUCGCUGCCGUGGACCAGAGUUUGGCAGGCCACCCAGCUGAGCGGAUCGGAGGGGGAAGGCGAUCCACAGGGAGCCGGAAAAGAUGGGGUCGAUCUGGUCAAGGUUAAGAUCGAGGAGUACAAAAGGGUAGCUGCGGAGGAGGCCAUCGAUUAGGCGACUCGAGAUUGUGUCUCUUCUUUCAAGCAUGUUGAUUAAGCUUUGUGGUUGCGUUAUUCAUUUCGAAGAAAAACUAAAUUUUUGUGAAAAUUUGA